AUGGUGCAUUCUGGUCUCCUCUCCCUCCACCAGGCCAUCUCCAAAUUGGAGAGUUUGCAUAAAAUUCAAGAAUGGGCUCAAGAAUGGGACAUGGAUGCCCGGCGACCUAUGCCUUUUCAGUUCCCGCCCUUCCCAGACAGGGCACCCGUCUUCCCUGACCGUGUGAUGAGAGAGCCCCAGUUGCCCACGGCCGAGAUCUCCCUCUGGACCGUGGUGGCCGCCAUUCAAGCUGUGGAGAGGAAGGUGGAUGCCCAGGCCAGCCAGCUGCUAAAUCUGGAGGGACGGACGGGGACAGCCGAGAAGAAGCUGGCCGACUGCGAGAAGACGGCCGUGGAGUUCGGGAACCACAUGGAGAGCAAGUGGGCCGUGCUGGGGACCCUGCUGCAGGAGUACGGGCUGCUGCAGAGGCGGCUGGAGAACAUGGAGAACCUGCUGAGGAACAGGAACUUCUGGGUCCUGCGGCUGCCCCCCGGCAGCAAGGGGGAGGUCCCCAAGGUUCCGGUGACUUUUGUCGACAUUGCUGUGUACUUCUCUGAGGACGAGUGGAAGAACUUGGAUGGAUGGCAGAAGGAGCUUUACAACAACCUUGUGAAGGAGAACUACAAAACCCUCAUGUCCCUGGACGCAGAGGGUCCUGGGCCCAAGCCAGAGGCCCCAUCCCAGGCUGAGCCCAGGGAAGAGCCUUGCGUGUGGGAGCAGCGUAACCCAGAAGAGAGAGAAAUCCUGAUGGAUCCUGACACAGAGAUUUACUCAAAGCAAAGACUUGUGGGCAUUUUUGUGUCCCCUGACACCUUUGCUGGUCUGUUCCCACUUGCAGACUCGCCAGCCUCUGCCCAGGACCUCCUGUCCCGGAUCAAACAGGAGGAGAACCCGUGCGUGUGGGAUCAGCAGGACUUGGCAGAGAGAGAUAUUCCAACGGACCCCAAUUCAGAGUCUCUGAUCUCAGCACAUGACAUUUUGUCAUGGAUCAAGCAGGAGGAGCAGCCGUACCCGUGGGGCCCUCGCGACUCAAUGGAAGGAGAGCUGGGAUUAGACUCUGGCCCCAGUGACAACCUGCUACUGGUGAAGAACCCGGCCCCGGCCCAGCCACCCCAGCCCGCUCAACCGAGCCUGCCCCCACCUCCGGUGGCCGAGAAUGCCGGCGGCCCCCUGAGCCGGGGCGCGGCCGGGCUGCUGGAUGACAGCUUCCCAGCACCGGCUGGGGAGCGGGCCCCGGCUGGCGCGCAGUCUGGCAGCGGCGGGGGCGCAGGCGGGGGACCCGGGGGCGGUGGGGGCUGCGGCAGCUGCUGCCCGGGGGGCGGGCUCCGGCGAGGCCUCCUGCAGGGCGCGCGCAGCAAGCCCUACUCGUGCCCCGAGUGCGGCAAGAGCUUCGGGGUGCGCAAGAGCCUCAUCAUCCACCACCGCAGCCACACCAAGGAGCGGCCCUACGAGUGCGCCGAGUGCGAGAAGAGCUUCAACUGCCACUCGGGCCUCAUCCGGCACCAGAUGACGCACCGCGGCGAGCGGCCCUACAAGUGCUCCGAGUGCGAGAAGACCUACAGCCGCAAGGAGCACCUGCAGAACCACCAGCGGCUGCACACGGGCGAGCGGCCCUUCCAGUGCGCGCUGUGCGGCAAGAGCUUCAUCCGCAAGCAGAACCUGCUCAAGCACCAGCGCAUCCACACGGGCGAGCGGCCCUACACGUGCGGCGAGUGCGGCAAGAGCUUCCGCUACAAGGAGUCGCUCAAGGACCACCUGCGUGUGCACAGCGGGGGCCCCGGCUUGGGCGCCCCGCGGCCCCUGCAGGCGCCGCCUGACCGAGACUAGGGCUGGGCUGGGGGAGGGAGGGCCAGCGGCAGGCGCGGGGGUGCGGAGGGCCUGGGGGCGGCCUGACGACCCUCGAUCCUGCUGCGGCUCCCAGUGCGCCUUCCCUCCCUCCACCUGCCACCCGCUGGAAAUCGGGAACAGGAAUUACACUCUAAACAGGGUCCCCAAGAGUUGGACAGGGGUCCCCUAGACCUGUCCAGCCUGGAUGGACGGCCCAGCUCAUCUCCUAGGUGGAUCAAGGGGCCGGCUGAGCGGCUUCCCGCAGGGAAGGUGCGGGAGGGACAGUGAGGAGGCCAGAGGCUUCCCGCCCGCCCGCAGACACCUGGGGUGCCCAUUUGGCCACUGGGGUCACAGGUUGUGAUCAAGGGAAGCAACCAGGGAGUCUCGGAAGCCCGAGAUCAGGAAAUCGGGUCCAAAGGCUGAGACGCUGCAAGAGGAAGCAAAGGUGUGACUGAGCUGAGGGAUGUGCUAAGGGAUGCCACCUCCAUGACGACAACACUGCCUCGCGUUUGAAUAGCGCUUUAUACUUUUUUAAACGUGUUUUCUAUCCGUUAUCUAUUUUCACCCUUAGCCUAUCCCUCUGUGGUAGGUGGGGGUAGGGUUUGCCUGACUCGGUAACCAAGGAAAGGAGGUGCAGGCCAGAUGGUUUAGCCCAGAUUACAGAAGAGCGGCAGAGCUGGGACCAGGGCUCCUGACCCAGCGCAGUGUCCCCACCACACACACUGCCUACCUCCGUGUUUGAGAGACAGACCUCUCUGGCUUUGCCUCUCCUGGUCUCUCUCCCUUGCCCCUGACCCACCAAAAGUAAUCAGAAGCCACCGGGGACAAUUCGUGGGGUUACUGGGGAUGGGGAACAGAUGGGCGACAGAAUGCCUCAGGUUGUGCUUCCGAAAGACUCUUCCUAUGUGGGCACUUUUGGGGCCCAGGGCCCAUCCCCCAGCCCGUCCCUCCCACCUCUAGUCCCUGAACCUGGUGCAACCCAUCUUGUUACUACACAGUAGUGACCCGGCCCUCCAGAGGCAGCUGGUGCCCUGGGUCAGAGCUCACCCUGAUGAUCUAUUCCAGUUUCCCCAGAGCCAAAGGGUGAGAGCAAGGCUCAUGCUGCAGGGGCCGCCAUCGAGGAAGUGAAUCUCUUCCCAGGAGGGCCAGGCAGUGGGUGCUAGAGGCCGAGAGCCUCAGUCUCUCUCCUGCCUUGAGCCUCCCAACCGGUGCUAUCUGUUAACUCACCAUGCUCACGGACAUGGACGUGGACACAGACCUCCUCUGCUCCAGACCCUGCAGGCGCCUCAGGAGGCGCCCAGAGGACUCCCUUGUGUUGGUGCAAUGCUCCAUGGUCCUGAGGGGCCACCGUCUCCAUUUCUGCGUCUUGCAUGGCCAGGCACUGGGGUGGGGUGGCAUGCCCCAGGACCCUUGUUUGUGUUGAGAAUGACUUUUCCUGCUCCGCCCAUCCACCCCGCUUCUCUCCCAUCCGGGAGCACAGUGGGCAGCCUGCACCUGGCACCACAUUUGUGAGCGCUCUGCUUCCUCCCUCACCCGCACCGCUUGGCUUUCCUCAGACCCCUGUUUGCCAUGCAAAGGGAAUUCUUGAAAUUAAAUAAAAGGUGUCCAGAUUGCAGACUGCAUGUUCACAGGGCCGAGGGUUCUGCAUUGUGGCUCCGGACAGGAAAGCCUCCAUGCGACUGCAACCCAACUAACUGGGAUUUUUCUCCUUCAUUCUUUCUGAAGGAGGCAAAUCUUAAAACUAGUUGAGAAAUUAAGCAAAUUCAGUGGAGUUUUAUUAGAGCAGAAGGGACCCUCUAAAACAUUGUUUUUUUGUGGGGAGGGAGCAGUGUUCUGCUUUUCAAAGGCAUAUGCAGAAAAUCAAGCUUUUCAUAAUCUAAAUAAUUGGAAAUAAGACUUUCUUUUGGCUGUUAAGAGUAUAAAGAUAGGGAGAGAUCACUAUUGAGUGAUCAAUAUACUCAAGUGUAUAUUUUGCCCUCAAGGAGCUGAUUCCCAAAGAGGUUUCAUGACUAAAUUAGAGGGCAGAAAGUUCGUAUCUGGUUCCUUCAUCCUAGUCUGGUAGAUCCCAGGGCACCAAGAGCCCCUCAGCUAGGAGUCACCCCAGCCUCCAACGCUGGCCCCAGGAGAGUCCUAUAGUGAGCCCUGCCCCCGCGCUGAUCCAAGGUGAUGCCACUCAGAAUGGACCUCUCCCAGGCAGCAAGGGUCCCGCGUGGGGACCCUGCCGUCCACUUUCUGAAGGGCCUGCUUUGGGUGGGUUUUUAUUCUCCACCUGAUAGUGUGUUAAUUAAAAUUAACUUUUAAUUUAAAAAUUAAUGUGCGCAGUAAAAAUUCAAGUGGUUAAAAAAAA